AUCGACUGCCACCACCCCCACGGCUCCUCCUCCUCCUCCUCCCUCCGCAAAUCUCUGUACAUGUCUUCUCAGCCAGCGACAUCCAGUCCCUCUCGCAUGAGAUUUCGCCACUGACCCACGUUUUCCACUCUCUGCUCACUUCAACAAUCCGCGCCCUCGUUCGCUGUCUGAGUCUAGAAGAUAAGUUCAGCUGAAGCAGUGUUUGGGGAGAGAGAAAAGGAUGCCUCUUUAUGACUGUGUGCUUUUGCUGAAACCCCAUGUAAAGAAGGAAGCUUUGAUGGAAUUGGUGGCUCGGAUCGGAAGAGACGUCUAUAUGAAAAACGGGGUCCUCACUGAGAUAAAAUCAUUCGGGACGGUCCAAUUGGGUUAUGGUAUCAAGAAGCUUGAUGGGAGAUUCUAUCAGGGUCAGAUGAUGCAGUUGACCAUGAUGGCUACACCAAUGAUGAACAAAGAGCUGCAUUACUUGAAUAGGGAAGAUAGAUUAUUGCGCUGGCUUCUUGUGAAGCACCGAGACACAAAAUAUGGGCUGGAAUUUCUUACUGAAGAAGAUGAGAAGCGUGAACUGAGCAAAUUUCCUCGUAGCUUUAUAUAUAAUGAUAAGGAUGAAGCUAAGGAUGAAAAUAAUGAUGACGACGACGACGACGACGACGACGAUGAAUAUGAGGUGGACGGAGAGGAAAAGAAAGAAGAAUAAAGAGCAAAUCGUUGUGUCUGGGGUCGUGGAUUUCAUUUAUUUGAUGGGUAUUCAGGUCCUGCUUCAUUGUUAGCAGAUGCUCAUACUCGCGUUUAAUAUCUCUCAUAUGCAAAAUGUGCUUUCAUUUUAUGUGCUACUGCCAUCUACCUGCUGAAAGUAGCUGUGAGAAUGAAGGUUUUAGUUCCUUUUGGCGGGUUUCUUUUGUCAGUGAGUGGUAUGAAGUACCAAACUUUUACCGAUAACAUAAUACAGAAAUGAGAGAGACUAUAUGGCGUGACUGCGUGUUGGAUUUGUGUCUCAUGAAUGGGUCAAUCUCGAAGAACUUCAUUUGAUUAUAGGAACUUCCCAAGUUUGGCA